CGUAUCGUCCGAUACCGCGCCGCGACGCCGCGACCGAUGUGUAUCAGUACCCUCCGAGUUCAUGGCCGAUACCGCUACUUUGAACCAUGGUGAGGAAGGUGACGUCGAUGUCGGAGAGACAGAGAAGCUCGGCGAGCCUGAGCAUGGAGUUUAUGUGUCCCUGAAUUGGCAACGGGAAGAUGAGGACAUGAGUAGGGAGUUUUGGUUUUUGAUGAUUCAUCGGAGUUUCCUCUGUAUCGGCCAUUUUCGUGUUACGGAAAGAGGUACAAGUUGA